UCUUCAGCAACUCUACCACUGUCCCGGCUGCUGCUGCGUCAUCCGGUCUCACCACUCUUACCGUGAUUGCUACCUCGGUUGAGACCAUCACUUCGUGUGCUGCCUCCAUUACCAACUGCCCCGCCAGGACCGAGGACUUGGCCAAUCUCCCCACCGAGGCUCUUGCCACCACCGUCGUCACCCGCACCGCUCAUCUCACCACCACCGUCUGCCCUAUAGCCGAGGCCUCCUCCAUCUCCUCCAGCGUCUUCCACCAGGCCUCCAGCAGCGGCAUCAAGGUUACCGCGACCGCCGUCGAGACUCUCACCACCCCCAAGGCCGUCACCAUCACCCUCGGCGGCAACGGUAACGGUAACGGCAACACUCGCGUCAUCACCACCACUGUCAUGUCUACCAUCGAGAACACCGUCGUCAAGACCAUCACCAUGACCAACGCCAACCCCCUUGUCGAAUCCACUUCCGCCGCUAAUGCCGUCGGUGGCGGCAACCCCGCUACUUCUGCUGCUGGUGCCGAGGUUGAUACCACUUACACCAUGACCACCACCACCAUCGGCACCAAGACUGUUACUGUUGGCGUGGGCGCCACCGUCACCUCGGUCGCCACCCAGACUGCUUCUCCCGACACUGGCUCCGGCUCUGGCACUGGAUCUGGUUCCGGCAACGGCAACAGCUCUGGCUCUGGCUCUGGCUCUGGCUCUGGCUCCGGUCUCGACUCCGGCGCCUGCCAAUGCCCCGCCGCCGUCACCGUCACCGCUGCCGCUGCCGGUAGCGACUGCCCCACUGGCGCCGCCGCCAUGACUGUCACUGUCCCCGCCUCCACUGUCACUCUCCCCGCCUCCACCGUCUACGUGACCAUGACCGCUCCUUCCGCUGUCAACAACGAGGCCUCUGGCGCUACCUCCACCACCGCCGCCGCCGCCGCCGCCACUACUACUACCACUGCUGCUAUUGGCAACAACGGCACUGACCUCUCUGGCUCCAACGGCUCCGGUGAUGACGAGUCCUGCCCUCCCGAUGAGGAUACCACUGGCGAGGCUGAGGGUGAGGGUGAGGAUGAUUCUUGCCCCGAUGAGGCCGAGACUUCCACCGCCUCCGCUGCUGCCUCUGCCACGCUGGCUCCUUUCCCGGCUGGCAACAGCACGCUUCCCGCGGCGCCUACUGGUACCGCGGUGUAUCUUGACAAGAUCUAAGUCAGGAGUUGGAGUUGUACAUUAGAUGUAGCUUGAGUGAGUUCAAUGAGAUUGAAUUGCAUGGAUAGUUGAUGAUAGGAUGAUGGGAUUGAUGAGGGGUAGGAUAAGGGGGGUUAGGGGGUUGAUAUCGAGUUGAUUGGAUAUUAUCGUUAUAUACUCCUUCUUGUUACCACGUUGUACUCGUAUUAUUUGUACGCAUGUACGUUUCUUCUUCUUUCUUGCGAUGUGGAUCACACAAAAAAAAAGACUUUUGAACCAUAAACGAAUUUGGAGGGAGACAAUUGUCAGCUUGUGCCAUUGUUUUGGAUAUCGGAUGAGGAUGCUUGUUUGGGGUAUCGUAGACUUACUUUCUUUUUCUCUGAAUGAAGACACAACUUUUGUGGCAU